CCGAGCUACGUUGACGCAUCAUAGCGUGCCUCUCAUAACAAACAGAAUAGUGGUUACAGUGAUGCGCAGCUGAAAUCGUGUAUAUUCCCAUCUCGCUCGCGGAGCGUGUACAUACUUCUUCGUCGAGAAACCGCUGUCACGGUGUUACGAGAUCGUUCCCGAUUGAAUCGUGUUCCUCCGUGAAGAGAAAAAACAAAAUCUGAAAUGACCAAGUACUCGACAGUUACUGCCAUGGUGUUCCUUUGCGGUCUCCUUGGAUACACAAACUCGCAAGGAAAUAUGCCCAAUGCCGACGAUGCAUUAAAUAAAAUUUCAAAUAUCAUAGAUAUCAAUAACCUCAAUGCAUCCGCAAUCCCAGAUUUGUAUACUCUGAAUACUUCGGCAAUACCAGCCCUUGAAGAGGCAAAGAAUCUGUUCAAAGACAAAUGCAAUAAAAAUGGGGGUGAAGGUGCAUUUGAGCACGCCAAUCAGGCCAAUGAGAACAUGAAACAGUGCCUUAAAUCAUUCGUCAAUGUCACACAGCUCCAAGAGGAGAUGGAAAGGUAUAAACCUACCGGCGAUCUGGAUGUAGUUUUUAAAAAUUAUUGCCACAAAACUCCAGUUCUUAAGAAAUGCGUGAGCAACUUUACUGCAGCCAUAGAACCUUGUCUAGAACCAGCUGAAAAAGAGAAUAAGAAGAUAAUUCAAAAUAUCACAGACUCUCUUUUGAACUUUGUUUGUUUCAAAGAAGGAGAUCGUAUUGCUCUUUUCAUAUCUGCUAAUGGACCAGAAUGUUUGCAAUCGAAACAACAGGAAAUUGGAAACUGUGUAAAUGCUACAUUUGGAAAGUAUGUCCCUCCAAUUGAUCCUAACAGUGGAUCUCUGGUGGGAUUGGAUAGUCUUCCAACACUUGUUCUUGGGCAGAAAGAAUGCGGGGAUAUUUCCACUGUUCAAGGUUGCAUUGUGAAGGAGCUGGAAAAGUGUUCAGACCCUACACCUGCUAAUAUUGUUGAUUCAAUAUUCAACUUCAUUUUAAGAGUAACGCCAUGUAAAGAUGUAAUGGCUGUUCAAAGUGCCGCUUCUAGAUCUAUAAUUAGUUUAUUAACAACUACAAGUAUAGUAUUUUUAUUGUUAAGAGUUGUUUGAACGAAUGUGAUUAAAUUUUGAACAACAUG